CUCCGCUUUAACUCACGGGCGUUUUGUUAAAGGUGCAAGGUACCUGAUACUGCAGAAGUGCGUCAGAAUCGAACGAACUUUAACCCUAUUCCUAGGUAUAUGUUGUAGCGACACAUAUAUUCAACCUUAGUAGUUGAAGAGCAAGGGUACCAUCUCAAGUAAUGUCAAGUCGAAACUUCAAAGGUAACACCUAUGCACCAUGAUCAAAAUUCCAAGGUUAAGGCGAACCGCGAUGAGGCUCAUUAGCUUUGCAGUCUCAGCAGCCCUCUCGCACCGUUGCUUUGAUCGACUUGGCUUCGGUACUAUGUAUAUAUAUGAAACAAGGCAGGUAGAUGCACAGAUGCGUUCUAGAAACGAGUUUAAUCGUUGCGAUUCUCGAUCGUAUAGUGGGCCGCCACGACCACGAACCAGGCGCGACUCACCUCGACAUGCAGGAGAACAAGGGGUGGAGUUGAUCAACUUCCCAUCCAGUAGUACUGUUCCAUCCUCUCGAAUCCCUUCAGAAGAUAACCGAGCUUUACGGGAGCCCAUCUCUUACUACGAGGCCGGUCAUGGUCAUUUGGGUAUGUUCGACUGGUUCACUAAUUUCAUCUCGGUGUUUUGGUUUUCCAUCGAGUAAACAUCACAUUCGCCAGGCCAGCUGUGUGAAUUGUUAGGUAUCAGAUUCGAUCUGGAUUGGCUCGGGAGCUUUUCCCGUGCCUUGUCAAUUAAUAUAUUUUGCCUGCAGCCUGCAUAUUGUGGCUGAAGAGGAGGGUAUUACUCUUACCAUAUAUGGCCUCGCUAGACAUUCGAAGGCUUGGAGGUCGCAUUCUCCUCGUGUUUCUUCAACUUAGCGGUUAGCUGGCCGACCAAUGCAAUUCGGUUCUCAUGCAGCAUAGUGCCGUCCGUAAUUCGGAUCAACUUAUUUAGUUGCAUCCAGUUACACCUCGACCUUCUUACGCACGUGGUGCUUAUCAAUCUUAACCCAACGUCCUAUGGAUCUUGGUACAGCUAUUAGGACUCAUCGAUACGGAUUCAAUAACAAGAGCGAUUCGACUUUCCAAUCGAGAAGCGUCCAUCUAAAAUGGGUUAUGUACCUAGUACCUAGGUAUAUAUGGAAACAUCUAUGAUAGCCAUAAGUGCAGUUGCGAGGUGCAUCAUAUCAUCAUUGCCUUGGCACGGACCAACUAACCCUUUUGGACUCGCGA